AUGGAAUCGUUAGCCGACCUUCGUUCCAUGAUUGAACAAACAUUAAGCAUGAUUAUUACACCUGACCAGCAAUCGAUCGAAAAAGGUCAAACGCAAUUGCAAACUUUAGAAUUAUUAGAUUUGUACACAUUAGCAUUAACAGAAAUAUCAGUUGAUAACACACGUGACAUAAGUAUCCGGCAAUUAGCUGGUGUAUUACUCCGGAAAUACGUCAGUAAACAUUGGACACGAGAUAUUGAAAGUUUCGUUGAACCCGAAGUUCCCGAACAGAUUAAAAGUCAGAUACGCCGAAUUCUUCCUCACGGUUUAAAUGAAUCCAACCAUCGGCUUCGUGUUGGACUCGCUUGUGUCAUAUCAGCUGUAGCUGAAUGGGAUUGUCCAGAAUCGUGGCCCGAAUUAUUACCAUUCCUGAUCGAAUCGUUGAAAUCAACAAAUAAAGCAUUAAUUCAUGGUUCAAUACGUGUUCUCACAGAAAUCAUUCGUGAUCUGGACGAUCGACAGUUGCCUGUUGUUCUUCCGCUACUUCUACCAGAAAUGUAUCGCUUGAUGACAUCCAACGACUUCAGCUUACGUAUUCGAACACGUGCAAUAGGCAUCUUUACUUUACUUGUUUCCCUCGUGCAUGAUAUUAACGAACAUGAUCGGAUUUUAUCAGUGGGCUACAUUCUGCCUUAUUUAUCACACUACUGUGAAGCAUUCAAACGCUUUCUUGUUGCACCAGAUUCAUCACUGAUGACCGACACAGGUUGUCGAAUCGAAACCAUUCGCGCAUUGACAUUAUUAUUCAAAAGUUUUCCAAAACUAAUGCAGCAAGAUGCCGCUGAACUGUUGCAAUCCGUCUGGACGUGUUUAACAUCGAAUACGGAGAAUUACGUUGCCACAGUUGUGUAUAAGCACGGAGAAAUGGACGCAUCGGUCGAUUCGGAUGGUGAAACAUUAAGUUUCGAAUGUUUGAUUUACAGUUUAUUUGAAUUUGUGCAAGUAUUAAUGGAUUUACCGACGUACAAGAAUUCGGUGAAGACAUCCAUGGAAGAGUUGUGCUAUUAUUUGAUUUUGUGCAUGCAAAUAACUGAAGAAGAAUAUGAUUCUUGGUCGAAGAAUGUUUCGCGUUAUGUUGAAGAUGAAAGUGAUGAUUCAUUUUCUCAUUCGGUCAGAUUAUCUGCAUUGGAAUUACUUCUUUCGAUUACAAGUGAGUUCAAGAAAGAAGCGGGCAUCGGCCUUUGGAAAGCUGUACAUCGCCAUUUGUCUCAUGCCGAAGCAUUGAAAACCCACAAUUCACCGCGAUGGUGGAAAUUACACGAAGCUUGUCUAUUAGCCAUGGGUCGCUGUAAACAAUUGCUAAAUGAUAUGCUAAUAACAGGAUAUGUGAAAGUUGAUCUCGAUGCUUUUGUUCGACAAGUACCACUGGCAGAUUUAUCGCAAUUUGAUUAUCCGUAUCUUGUGUGUCAAGCUGCAUUGUUUGCUGGACGAUUCUCACGUUCGUUAAACGCGGAAGUUAAUCGAAUUUUUUUGGAUGGAAUCUGCCAACUACUGGAACAUGCUCAACAUCCAAUUAUUAAUCUCUCGUCACUUCGAGCUUUUUAUUAUUACUGUGAAGAAGUUGGCGUAGAACAAACAAACGAUGUUGUAGCAUAUCUCCCACGAAUAUUCGAGGGUAUACUAGCAACUAUGGGUCGUAUACCUCAAUCUGCAUAUAUUUGGCCAUUGGAAUCGUUGGCGAUAUUGAUUAGUGUGGAUGAAAACUUCGUUUCAACAAUUGAAAGUCGUUUAUCACCGUUAGCCAUUGAACUUUUCGUCAAUUACAUACAAGAUCCACUGAUCAAUGGCGAAACCACAGCAAUCAUUAAAGGUCUCGUUCAUAAUAAUAAAGUCUCGAAUUCGAUACAGGAACGAUUGAUUCCAUUAUUACAAUCUAUUGUUGAUAACAAUCCUUCUUCAUCGGAUCUACCGCGUAUUGCGCCAAGUCUGGCAUUUUCUGUUCUUGAUCUACUAACAACUGUUCUUCGAUCAUUGAAUCCUCCUAUCAAUGCAAACUUAUUGAAUCAAACAUUCCCUAUUGUUGCUCAUUUACUUUUAACAAGUGAUGAUCAACAGAUCCUGAUCAACGGUGGAGAAUGUUUAUGCGCAUUUCUAUCGUGUGUAUCGACGAAUUUAUUCUCUUGGACGGAUCCGAAAACGAAUACGUCAAGUAUUGAAUAUAUCCUACAGAUUCUGGCGAAAUUUCUCGAUCCAAAAACACCGGAAAAUUGUUGUACAUUCAUUGGAAAGCUGAUUCGUGGUUUUAUUCGCGAGAUUAAUAAAACUAAUCAGCCAAGUCUACUCGGCGAUACACUAGGACAAAUUCUCAAAGCAGUGUUGGCAAAACUUCAAAGUUCACAAGUGUUAAGUGUUCAACAAAGUUUAAUUGUUGUCUUUGCUCAUCUUAUUCAAAACAAUCUCAACGAUGUCGUUAAUUUUCUUACUUCCACACCUGGACCACAAGGCAGUAGUGCAUUUGACUUUGUCAUGUAUCAAUGGGUGACGAAACAACAUUUCUUCGUGGGUCCUUAUGAUAUUAAAGUCAGUAUUAUUGCAUUGACCGGCUUACUAGAAUAUGCGAUGACGAAUAAUGAUGUACGUUUCCAAACUUUGAUUGUUCCAGGAGAUCAAAUUAUUUACCAACAAGCAGGUCAAAACAUCUCGCAUAGAACACGCUCGAAAACAUCUAAGCAACCUGAACAAUGGACACGUGUUCCACUCGUUGUAAAACUGUUCAAAAUUCUCGUUCUCGAACUGCAAAAUCAAAUCAACACACGCAAAGAACUCGAAGAAGAUAUGAAUUUCGACGAUGAAGAUGGCGACGACGACGACGACGACGACGAUAAUGAUGAAGGAAAUGAUGAAGAGAUAGACGAAAAAAAAGGUGACAAAGGUGAAUCCAGUUUAUUAAAAUCAACAGAUGAUGAAACAACGAAAUACUUAGAACGCUAUGAUAAUUUACUCGACGAUGUAUUCGAUUAUGAAUUCUUUCAAGAGAAAGACCCAGAUGCUUUUCAUGAUCCAUUGAUGCAAGUCGAUUUGCUCGAUUAUUUAAAGGAACGUUUGCGUUUAUUCGCCACACAUGCUUGGUUCGCUAUAUUUCAACAACAUUUGAAUGCUAUUGAACGUAAUGCACUACAAAAGAUUGCGGUUCUACCAUGA